GAUUACUCUAUGGUUGAUGGCCGACCACGGUGUUGCACGGUGUUUGAAGACGAUGAAAUAGGCUGUACGGACAUUGCCUAUUUUUUUUUAACAGUCUAUUUAAUUAAUGAUGUGUCCAAAAUAAUUAAUAAAUAAAACUAAUGUGGUUCUCAACGGUCUAGUUAGUAUAAAGAUUUCCUGUCCAUGCACCACUAAAUUUGAGAGAAAUAGUUUUCAAAAUACAGUUUAGGAUGGAUCCACCAUGUUCACAUUCCAAGUGUGACAUAUAUGAGGGGACUAACCAAGUCCCCUUCGACAGCAAUGCAGAGGAUAAGACUGAUAGUGGUACCAAUACGGUAGAAAAAGAAAUUAACACUCAAAGUAGCGUAAGGCAAAUUAUUGAUGAUAUCGAACGUGAGGAUUUUGAAGAGGAGAAUCGUAUAAUUAAUCAGUGCACGAGUAUGAUAGUGGAGGGUAAAAGUUCCACAACUGCACCCUUCUCUGGCAGCCUCAGUGUCAAUUCUAGCCUUGCGUCCAGCUCAGAAACAAUUUCUACAUUUUCUGCAGCAAACGACUACAGCUUACCAGGCUGCAGCAAGAGUGCUCCAUGCGAGGACAGUAACGCCACGAUUAAAAAUAUGAUUCACUCUCGAAAACCAUUAACGGCGGAAGAGCCGAAAGUAGAUUUUAUGAAGAAACUUUUGAGCAGCAAUACUCAUGAGAAAAAAGACUUUCCCAAAGGAAAAAUGUACAAAGCUGAACCUGAAAUAGAAACCGAAGCUAGUGCCUGUGGGAUAGAGGCUGCGUCUGGAAGGACAAGCUCAAACGCUUCUAACAGUAGCUCCCUUUCAGACAGUACAAAAGACUUCAGUGUUCCGUCUACAUCUAAUGCUGAGAAGUUACUGGGCUUGAGUGAUAACAAUAGGAAAAGCGAACCUGGUAGUUCCAAAUCAUCGACCUAUAUGCAGUACUGUGAUGGUGAAGAGGACUCUGAUGAUGAUGUGGAUGAAGAAUCGUGGUGUACCUGCCUCUCUUCCCAUGAGGACGAUGAUGAAGAUGAUCCCGAGCCAGAACCUGAGAGACUGUGGAGGAAAAGGAGAUACGAACCGCCGCCGCCGCAAUGCGCUAAAAAAUUCUGUCCUGAUGGUAGUCGAUGCAUACAGGACAGCAGCUGGUCCCGCAAUCUUAAUGGGAAUAUGCCAGGAUCAACUGUUGUCCAGGGACCGCCAGAGAUAGAACAGUGGCUAAGCAGGUUUCAAACUUGGUCGAACAAUGAAAAGAAUCAAGCGAUCGAUGCGUUGAUCAGCCGCUGCACUGCCAGCCACGUCAGAUACAUGAUGGAGUCUAUAGAGCCGCUGUUCCAGAGGGACUUCAUAUCCUUGCUGCCGAAAGAAUUGGCAUUGACCGUUCUGGGAUACUUACAGCCCAAGGACUUGUUGAGAGCAGCACGCACCUGCCGUUAUUGGAGAUUUUUAGCGGAUGACAACCUUCUAUGGAAGGAACAGUGUCGGCGAAUUGGUAUCACGACCCUAAAGAAAAUGCCCCGGUCUCUACCUCGUUGCGCUAGCCCGUGGAAGGCGGCGUAUAUGCGCCAUUACCUCAUCGAGAACAACUGGCUCCAUAAGCCGGUCACCAAUCCGAUAGUGAUGCGCGGACAUGACGAGCAUGUCAUCACAUGCUUGCAGUUCUACGGGAACCGUAUCUUGAGUGGCAGCGACGAUACCACUUUGAAAAUCUGGUCUGCGGUUACUGGGAAGUGUCUUCGUACGCUGGUGGGUCAUUCUGGUGGUGUGUGGUCAUCACAAAUGGUGGGUGAUCUGGUGAUCAGCGGCUCCACUGAUCGCACCCUGCGCGUCUGGAACGCCAAGACUGGCCAGUGUCUUAAGGUGCUAGCCGGCCACACGUCCACCGUUCGGUGCAUGCAUCUGUACCAGAACAGGGUUGUGUCCGGAUCUAGGGAUGCGACGUUGCGCGUGUGGUCAAUACCGGAUGGUCGUUGCCUACGCGUGUUGGUCGGACAUCUGGCUGCCGUCCGGUGCGUUCAGUACGAUGGGAAGGUUGUCGUGUCCGGGGCGUACGACUACUUCGUCAAAGUGUGGAAUCCGGACACCGGUGAAUGUUUGUAUACACUCACCGGACACACUAAUAGAGUGUAUAGUUUGCAGUUUGACGGUGUGCAUGUGGUGAGCGGAUCAUUGGAUACAUCGAUCCGCGUAUGGGAUGUAGAGUCCGGACAAUUAAAGCAUACUCUAACCGGACAUCAGUCGCUCACAUCUGGUAUGGAGCUGCACUCUAAUAUAUUGGUGUCCGGUAAUGCGGAUUCCACAGUCAAAGUGUGGGACAUCACUACGGGACACUGUCUGCAUACACUAUCAGGGCCCAACAAACACGAAUCGGCCGUAACGUGUCUCCAGUCGAGCAAUCGUUUUGUAAUCACGUCAUCGGACGACGGCACCGUUAAACUAUGGGACUUGAGGACGGGCGAGUUCAUAAGGAAUCUAGUGAAACUGGGCUCGGGCGGGACCGGGGGCGUGGUGUGGCGGAUCAGGGCGUCCGCCACCAAACUCAUAUGCGCCGUCGGAUCCAGGAACGGCACGGAGGAGACCAAGCUGCUCGUACUGGACUUCGAUGUGCCCGGCGCCUGCAGGAAGUGUGACGAAUAGCAUCGACUGAACCGGCGCAUGUUGCGUCGUUACGCGAACCUAUACGCCCCGUGGCAUUGCUGAGCCGCAAACACCUCCCCCACAUUCCCACCAUUCCUCAAAGUAAUCCCCACUACAUCGUACCCUCAUUUAAACCCCACUUCCCCGUACGAUCCCAACUAAGAUUAAUAUCCUUCCAUAUCAUCAACUAAAUCCUAAUAUUAUUUCAACUAAAUCCCACUACCGCCACAUGUACACGCACACGGCCUCAAUUCUUGUAAUGUUGAUUUUCAUUUUUUUGACAUGUUUCUUACAUUGUCAUUGACGGGACAUUAAGUCUCGUGAUAUUAUAUUGCUAUGUUAAAUGUGUCUAUAUAUGUUGCAAUUUAUUGACGUAAUCACAAUUAUUUAUUAGUAACGGUCAUAUUUCAAGUUAAUGAAAUUUUGGCCAAAAUACUUUCUUUUGAAAGUAAACUAUUGACAUAAUAACCAAUGACAACUUCUAAACUAUAUAUCAACCCUCAAGGCAUUCUUUGGUACUAUCAAUAACAUUCCUUUUUACUACAACUCUUUACUGCAACAUUAUACUAUUUUUGGCAUUAGCAAAAUAUAGACCAACAGCAUAUGACAUGACAGACACAGCACAGAUAAAGUCAAUUUGUUGAGUCACUCUUCUUUUUACAUGCAUCAAACAUCUACGUUGUAUUAAAUAAUUUAUAUACAUAUUUUGAUUGAUUACUUUGUAAUAUUGAAAAGCAGUUAAGAAUACCUUAACCUUGUACUUAUUAUUGUAAAAGUUUCGCCAAUGCAAACUUAGGGUGAAAACAACCGGCUUAAUGCCUUCAAAUAUAAUGUUACUUAAAUAGUAUACAUGUAAUAUGAUUUUAAUUACAAUCUUGUUUUCGUAGGUGAGCCGUUUCUUGAUAAAUACACUACAUUCUUCUGUCUGUGGCGACGGUAGUAGAACAGUUCUGAGGCCUUUUCAUUUGAUAUGUAUUUUGAAAAAAAAAUUGAAAGUACACUAUGGACAAUGCGCAUCAUCCAUUUUGAAUUUGGAUUCCUUACUCUUGUACUAGUAGCUAAUACAUUACACUAACUAUUCGCGGGUGAAGGCACAUAAUCAAAAUGCAGGGUUAUAUGCGAAAAAAAAAUUUUAAUGAAAACGCAUCGAAGCUGUAAUGCAUCGACGAUAUUUCAGGUUACCACAUAAUGUAAAAUUUCCGCAAGUGAUUUCGAACUCUACACAAACUAUUAAGGUUUCAAUUCAAGUGGAGGUCUUUUGACAGUUUUGUGUAACUUUACGUUAGCUGUACAAUUUUAUUUUUUUGUCUGUUGGCUGUACAUUUUUUUAUACCAAAAAGCAAUGCACCUUUGUAAACAUUCAAACUUUUUUCUUUCAGUUUAAGUCAGAUACACAAAACACCAUCCGUUUUGUAUUUAUUUCAAAUAAGCGAUAUCACUAAAUUCAAUGAAGUGCAAUGUGGGUUGCCGGACAUAAGCUAAUCUGUGUUAGUGUGGUAUGUAAGCUAAUCUAAAUUUAACAUAGUUUAGCUUUUGGUCAGGAACCGUCAUUAAUGUCUACUACUAUUAAAAUAUAUAUUUUUUGUAACAGAAUAACUCUGCAUCACAUGAACAAAUAAAAUUUUGCUUGGUCAAAGUCUAAUAAUAUAAAAUGACAAUAUAGAAAAAAAAAAAUUGUUUAUCUAUCUAUACAACUAUUGCACUACAAUUUUGUAGAAAUCCUUAUUAUAUAGGUGUUUAUAUUUUAUGUUGAUGUAUGUCAUCAUAUCGAAGUUUCAAAAAUAAAACCGACUUUAAAAAUGUGUAAUUACAAAAUGGAGUAUUUGAUCAUCAAAUUAGUAUAGCUUAUUACAGUAAAACUCGAAACUGGAAAGUGAUUUCGUUAAUGACAUUACAUUGGUGUUUCUACCGUCCUGUUUAAAUGUUUGUGUCGUAUGCUGCUUUAUAGUUUUUUUUUAUAUGGCAACAUUUUGAGCCGGCGAUGCCAGUACAUUAAAUAUAUAUUGUUUCACGUUUAUUUAAGCAAGUCUAGCUCGUAAUAUUUAUAAGCAAUUCAUAGUCGGGGCGUUGGUUUAGAUGAAUACACGCAAAUAACCCACCGGACCGCAAAAACUAUGUGAAAAAGUCUAUGGACUUACAAAUAUUUAUAUAUAUUUAUAUGAUAUGUAUAGUAUAUAGCAUUGCGUAAAUCAAAGUAUGUGCAUCUAAUAAAUGAAAAUUUCAAAUACCAAUAAAAAAUAGUUAUAAUGUUUAUUGAAAUUUGUUCUGUACAUAGAGAGCGGUGGCCGCUUACCAUUUCGCUUUGCCAAAUUUCUGUAACAAGUUGUAAGCUCCAUUAUUCCAAAGAAUUUAUGAAAGUAAAUUGGACUAGUUCUUAAGUUUAAUAUUUUAAGGUGCCUUUGGCAACUUCUGUUGUUGCGCAUAUAUUUUAUAUAUACAAUAUAUAUGUAUCACUGAUAUACUUGACACAGUGUCAUGGUUCUUGGUUACGUUCAUUUUUUUUCCUCCAGGAGUUUAUAUUUAGUUAUGCUUACCUUUUUCUGUUGUGUGUGAGUGUGUUGCCAUGAUUCUGUAGUUUUGAUGCGAUGUUUCCUAAUUAUGACCUUAUCUAUUCUGGGUAUAUUAUGUCUGGUUUACGUGAAUUAUUCUGCACAAAUACUAAUAUGUAGUAGAUAUCUUUGUUUACAAUAUUUAACAAAUUACUGUUAAAUUUGCGUUUGACUUGAUUCAUAUUAGAAGAGUAACGAGUUGUUUGCCAUGUUGGUUUUAUGGUAUUGCAAUAAAUAAUAAUAAUUUGGUUAAGAAUGAAUACGUUGUUCUAUAAUUUAAUCUACCAAUGAAAUAACCAUUAGUAAUAGAAACCCAUUAUAUUGCUUUACCAAAAAAAAAUACUAGUUUAACUGCUAUGUUAUCAAAAGUGCAUCCGAUAUAAACUCCACCUUAGUUGUUACUUUUAUUUCACGACUUUGUUAUUUAUAUGAUUAUUUAAUUUUCUGUAAUUUAAUUAUACUUCUUUUUUAAUGGUUGACUAGAAUAUACACUUGCUAAACUUUAAGUUUUCUUUUAAAAUGAAAUCGAGCAUAAUAUUAGUCAGGAUAUUUUUAAGAAUACCAAUUUUUUUUGGACGCUCAGCUUCUAAACAUGUUGAGUUUGUCAUUUAGACGAAACAUCUCUACCGUGUUUUCCCACGAAGUAAUUAGUAUAUCAUAUACGAAUUAUUAUGAUCAAAAUGUAUAAAUACAUUAUGUAUGUAUAUUUAUUUCGUGAAGUUGUAUUAUAUUUCCUUACGCCUUUUUUUUGUGUUCGUAUAAUAUACCCAUUGUAAUAUUGUUUUAUUUAAUAACAUGGUCAUUGUUGUGUGUUUAUCGAGCGGCUCUAAUGUUUUUGUGCAUGUUUCGCUCGAUUUACAUAUGCAAAUAUAUAGUAAUGAUUUUGUUACAUUUCUUGUUAGUUAAGAUUAUAUCUUAUAUCGUAUCUGACUCGUGUAAAUGGCCAGCAAUUUGUCGAUUAACUCAUAAAAUAGUCAUCUAAGUUAAAAUAAUUGAUAAAUAAAAUAAUAAAAAAAAAAUGCGUAAUGAAUAUAUUUCAGAUUUGUAAAGGGGGUUCCCAAUAGAGCUGUGCGAGGGAGUCCAGCGUUAAUCUAGGAAUAAUUAAUCAAUGAGAUCACAAGAUUUAAAAAGAAAAUAAAGAUUUCUUAUUGGUGGAUUUUUUCUCUAGUACACCGCUUAGCUGUCACGUACUUGUCCAGCGCGAACGCGCCCUAAUGCUAUACCGAAUUUAAGGUGUAAUCGUUAUUUUUUUCAAUACUUGAUGGUGUUGGUACACAAUUGUAAGUAAUGUACCUACUUAAGUCUUGUGUCUUAAGGAUGGUACCGGCGCGAGAUAGAUGAGUCGCCUUUGCUUAUAAUAUUUAUAAUAAAAACGCUGUGAAAUAUAUUAUAUACAUUAGUGAUUAUCGACAAUAACACAAUAAUAAUUAAUUACAUCACAAAUAAGUUUAUCAUGGUUGAUCCCUAUACAUAUCCAUUGAAUUUGAGUGUUGUCGACUUUUAAAUGUAUGUAUAUAAUUAUGUUUUGUUUGUAGUAGGGUUUUUUUUUAUGUUAACAUUGGAGGCGUGGAAGUGUUAUGUUCGCGGGGCAAACUCAUCGAGCUCGCUGGUGCUUCGGUCGCGUCUACUUAUAGCUGUGUUUGAACAUUUGUUGUGUAUAAAUAUUAUAUUGCCAUUGGGGGGCGCGUCACGCCUUUUCUAUGAUGGCUGUAAUAAUUAAUUAACAAAGACUGAAGUAUAGGUAUAGUUAAUAUUAAAAGUAUUAAAAUGUAGAUACUUCUGUACUGCAUACCAUCACACGCUGUCUUUUAAACAUAUAUCGACUCCGGUUGCGUUAGCUUUUAGCUCCAAUUGUACAUCGUUGAGCUAAUUUAAUAACUUUAGUUAGUUUAUACCUCAUUAAGUUACUGCUGUAGUUUAGUUUUAAGCGCUCGUUAGUUUUGAUCAAUGCCAAACGGUUUGAGAGUACUUGCGAUACACUAACGGGGAUUAACUCCAUCACCGAUAUUUUUUAUUGUGUAUCUGUGGAUAUAUAUAGAAUUGUAUAGUAGUACCUUAUUAAUGAGUAACCUCGGCAUCAUCAAGCAUGCGAUGUCUCUGAAAUAUAUAUUUGUUCAGUUAUUCCGCAUCGAAUGUACCUUGUCUCUUUCUACUGAUGCGCUUACAAUGUCGAGGUCACUUAUUUUUUCGGUCGUACUUAGCAGUUUCGUAAUUAUAUUCACGAUCGCCGUGUAUUCUCUCUUUAAAAUAUAGAAUUGACAAAAUGUACUAAGCGACCAUUAUAUUUCACACGAUUGUUCCUGAGCUGCCGCCGGAGCCACGGCCACUUGUACGUGUGAGUGUGCGUGUGUAUGUUGUAUAUUAAUAUUGUUAAUUAAUUCGUAAUUGUAUUGUAUUCCUAAUUACUUAGGUGCUCGGGAUUUGUAAAUUAAUAUUUUGAUAAUAUGGUAUAUGAAUUCUAAUGUGUAUUAGUAUUCUUUAAACUUGUUUAAAUCACUUCUAAAUUGUCAUUCACCUUAUUUUAAACUGAUAUAUUGCCUUUGUAACUAUUUCGAUUCUAUUCAUUCAUUAUUUUAUAGAUUAGUGUUCACAUGUAUUGAGCGAUUUUCAACAGUUUAAGUAGAGCAAGUCGGGAUGCAAUAUUGCUAUUGUUGUUUUUUUUUUCUCUAAGUGUUUCCAACACCGUUUAUGUGAAAUAUAAUUUCUUUUUAAUCAAAAAUGUUAAGAUCGCUCUGUAUAUGAAUGUUAUGGUUAUUAUAAUUUAAAUAUGAAUCUGUACAAUUGUAUCAAUUUUUAUUAUUUUUUUCCAUUUUUAUUUAGUGCGAAUGUAGAAUCGUGGCUCCAGUGUGCACCGGGCUUUAGUUAUAAAACACAUCUUCGGCUGAUUAUCAAUACAUUAAAUCAGGUUGUUCCAAUUAAAUGCUUAGUUUUCUUUCUUCUUUUUUUCUACAGUUUUGGGCGCAAUAUACACAAUCGUAUAUACUUACGUAAACGUUUUAAUAUUGUGCGUGAUGCGCAAGGUAACCAUUUAUUGUUUAAUAUUAUUUUUCGUCAUUUCUUUAAUCUUGCUUUCAAUGUAUGACUAUUAAUUAAUAAAUUCAAUUGUUUUCGAUAUCUAUUUUUUUUUUUUGUGACACGCCGACAUCCCUGUCGUGUGUUGUGCUUCAACUUCCCUAGAAGACUGUUAAAAAAUUAAAUUAGAAAAACACUAGAAAAUUAUAAAGAUUUUGCGCCAAUGCAUUUUUUUCUUUUUAGCCACACACUUUGUUACCAAGGUCCAAAUGUACACUUUGAAGGUUUACGUUUAACUGAUUUUAUUGGAUACCUAGUUCAAAAACAAUGGAUUACCACAAAUUACAAUAACGGU